AUGUCAGGGACGCUACAUUCGACACCAGCACAGAACACAAUGUAUAUACAGCAAUACAACAUGCCGAUUGGGACGCCCUCCGAGCAAUCUCACUCCUCCCAGGAGGAUUUGGCAAAGCCCGCGUUGAUGCUUGGUACUCCGGAUAUUUCUACACGUGCUCCUAUCCGUCUAAUCAUCCUGAAGGCGCUUUCUAUUAAACGCACAACGCAUUUCCAGCGUUCACCAGCAGCUGGAGAUGAGCUACAACAACUCGAACCGCACAAAGACGAGCGACAGGUCGGACUCGACACGGACAGGAGUUUUGUCAUAUAUCCAGCUGAUGGCGAAGUCUCUGUCAAGUCGAAAGACGACCUCAAAGCACAAUUACACAACGUCAUUGGAUAUCAUGACAUCAUUUCUAUCCUACUGUUGACGUUCGAGCAAGCGGGUGAAGAUUCUGCCGACGCGCUUCAUCUGGCCACCGAAAAGCUCAGCCUCCACCGGCUUCGAGAUUCCAUGGGCCCAGGGUUAGAACCCUUGGUCGGCAUGCUACGGCUAGUUAAGCAGCUCCUCAAGGCAAUCGACCCUGCCUAUACAACCCAGCUCACCGCCCACUCUCCGUUGCCCUAUUUUGCACUCUCAAAUAUCCUAACAUACUUUUCGCAUGACGUGCCAACUCUGGAGAUUGUACAGCACAUGUUCGAUUACCUACUCUCCCGCCCACCGAUAUCCAUCGUCUAUCUCGCUACCACCCUCAUCCUUGCGCGCAAAGAAGAGGUGCAACAUUUGUACGAAACUGGCGACGAGGGAAUGAUGCAUGCCCUGCUCUGCACGUCGCCCGAACUUGUCGACCAUAUCAACACCGGUGAGCCAAUCAAAGAGGAAGAGGUGGUACCGACGAGUCCAUCCGAGAAAUGGGAGCCCACUUCGCCACCGGACCUUUCGGCUUCGCAUACGUGGUCAAUACCAGAGACGUCCGAGCUCACCAUGGCGUCGUCCAUGGACUCAUCACAGUCGUGGACGCUCGCAGACUCUGCGACAGAGUCCAUUCCAUCUCCGGGCACAUCGCCUACACUGGCGCCCAUCCCAGACUCGUCAUUACCCGCGUCUGCCAAACCACCGCCCCUAGAUAUCGACUCUACGCUCGACUUUCCGCCGCUCGAACCACCUUCUCCUUCUUCAGAUCGUGCAGAAGAGGAAGAAAGACCCUCAAAGGGUAUUCACAUCGAAGAGAGUCCAACGACGCCGAUAAAGAAGAAGCCGACCAUCACGCUCACGUCUCUUCUCGCCCAAUCCGACGAGCUGCACAAAUUACAUCCCCCAAAGAGCCUGAAGCUUUCGCAAAUCAUGGGAUCUCAAAGCGUCGUGUUCACCUGGUGCGAGACACCAGGAAUCCAAAAUCCAGCCCGCGACGAAUCUAACAGUGGUCGGAGAGCUGGUGCGCUCAAGUCGACAGACGCAUGGGCGACCAACAAUACAGAUCUGAUCAGCGACGACAUGGCGGAACGAAUGGUCCUCCGACCCGAACUGGUCGUCCGGCCGUGGAAAGACGAGGACGAAGAGGCGCUUGAACGCGAGGCAGAGCUUGCUCGUGCAGCUCGAAAAAGAGCAGAAGAGGAGAGGAUGCUCAAGAAGCGCAAAACGAAUAAGGCGGCUGUCGGUGUGUUUGGACGCGGACGUGGUAAAGUUGUCGUCGUGGGCAGUGUCGUCAUUGUCGUCGUCGUUGGCGUUGCAAUCGCUAUAUAUGGCAAAAACGGUCUCGAAUGGCGGCGGUGGCUUGGUCGAAGUCCAUGGUUGACGCGGCUGCCGUUUGUCAAGACGUGA